UGGAGGUGCACUGGCACAAAGAGCCGGGAUACAAAUUCCAAAGACACCAGAAAAUCACUUGGCCCUGGUCCCUGGAUAUGUUUUACAACAUGACCAGGGAACAAACAUUACUAACACUAGAAUUUUCACAAAAUUGCAGGUGCAAUGGCAUGAAGAGUCUGGGGUCCAAAGCCACUGGAAAAUCACUUGGCCUUGGUCAGUUUUAGAGUUUGAACAUGACCAA